AUGACCUGCUGCGAAGGAUGGACAGCCUGCAAUGGAUUCAGCCUGCUGGUUCUACUUCUGUUGGGAGUAACUCUCAACGUAAUACCUCUAAUUGUCAACUUAGUGGAUGAAGACCAAUUCUUUAAAAACCCCAUCUCCUGCUUUGAAUGGUGGUUCCCUGGAAUUAUUGGAGCAGGUGUGAUGGCCAUUCCAGCAACAACGAUGUCCUUGGCAGCGAGGAAAAGAGCGUGCUGCAACAGCAAAACCGGGAUGUUUCUUUCAUCACUUCUGAGCGCCGUCACAGUCAUUGGAGCUGCGUACUGCCUGCUGGUGUCCAUCCAGGCUCUCGUGGAGGGCCCUCUCAUUUGCAACUCUCAAAGCAACACAACUUCCAGUUGUGAAUUUUCACUUGAAAACUUAACUGCCAGUUAUUACGAAUCCUUUGAUCUGCAGUGGUUCUUUGAAGACUCUUGUGUUUCUCGUAUGGAUUCCAAUAAUCCCUCCAUCACCAACACAACAGCCAGUAACUGGAGAGUAUACAACUUGCACUUCAAUUCUAUAGAAAACAAACACAGGAUUAUCCAUUUCUCAGUAUUUUUAGGUCUACUGCUCGUGGGCAUUCUCGAGAUGCUGUUUGGACUCAGUCAGAUAAUCAUCGGCUUCCUUGGCUGUCUGUGUGGAGGAGUCUCUAAGCGAAGAAGCCAGAUCGUGUAG